GUGAAUAAGCCAUGGCCAAAUUCGCCAUUGGAACUACCCGAGAGGUCACUCAGCCAGAUUGCAUUCAGGCUCUCGUCGUUGAAUUCAUAGCCACCUUUCUAUUUGUCUUUGUUGGCGUUGGUUCUUCCAUGGUUGUUGAUAAGCUAGGUGGGGAUGCACUUGUGGGGUUGUUUGCUGUGGCCGUGGCACAUGCACUUGUGGUGGCUGUAAUGAUCUCCGCCGCCCACAUUUCCGGUGGCCACCUCAAUCCCUCCGUCACCCUCGGCCUCCUCGCCGGCGGUCAUAUAACCCUCUUCCGUUCCAUCCUUUAUUGGAUUGACCAAUUAGUAGCAUCAGCAGCUGCUUCUUAUCUGCUUUACUACCUCACAGGAGGACAGACAACUCCAGUUCAUACGCUGGGCAGUGGAGUGGGGUAUGGUCAAGGAGUGAUUUGGGAGAUUGUGUUGACAUUCUCAUUGCUGUUCACUGUGUAUGCUACAAUGGUUGAUCCAAAGAAAGGAGCACUUGCUGGAAUUGGACCAACGUUGGUUGGGUUUGUAGUUGGGGCUAACAUCCUUGCUGGUGGGGCAUAUUCAGCUGCUUCUAUGAACCCAGCAAGGUCUUUUGGUCCUGCCUUGGUUACUGGCAAUUGGACUGAUCAUUGGGUUUACUGGGUUGGACCCCUCAUUGGUGGUGCUCUUGCUGGUUUCACCUACGAGACUUUCUUCAUUGACCGAUCCCAUGUUCCUCUUUCUCCAGAUGAAGAAUCUUAAUCAGUAAUUAAUAGCAUGCAUUAGCAACUUAAUUGUAUUUUCCUAAGCAUAUCUAGUCAUCUUUGUUUUCUGUGU